AUGAAUGCCACGGAUGAUGAAUAUUGGAAUGAAAAAAGUUUUGAAGGUUUCAGUUUUGAAGAUGAGGUAUGGGCAACAUAAAUGUAUAUCUUAUUUAAUAUACAAAUUUAGGUGUCUAAAAAUCUAUUUUUUUUUUUUAGGAGAAAGAAGUUAAUUUAAAUAAAAAAAUUCCACCCGAAUAUGAAGGUUAUUUUAAAUAAAUAAAUAUUUUUGAAAUGUAAUUGAUUGCUUUUUUUUAACAUAACAUAUAUAUAUCUACAGCUGUCUAACAAAAUAUGUGAAUGUGAAACGUCUUAAUAUAUGAGGUCUAAUCAAAAACUUUCCGGACCUUUUAAACUGUGCACUAACGGAACGUAUAAAAGCAGUAGGAUCGAUAUUAUUGGUUUCUGUUACUUCUGAGCACAUCUGUAUUAGUAGAUUUUGAAUAACCUUAGUUUUGAUGUCACUAAUGUUUUUUUUUAAUAGAAUUAUUGUAUUCAGUGAUCUUUUUAAUGAAUCCAAAAAGAGCGUUUUUUGGGGGUCGAAGAUUUUUAUUAUCAUUAAAUCAGUUUUUUUAUCAUUUACCAUACAACAAAAUUCCUGACAAGCUUGAACUUGAAUUUUUUUUUAAUCCUUAAUAUUUUCCCCACAUUCUCGAGAAACUGCUGUCACUCAACACUUUGCACUAAGGUCAGUUACAAUUUUUUGGCAUUAAGUCAGGUGAAACGAUACAUUUUUCUACUAUAUUGUCAACAAAACUGAAGAAAAAAUCCAUGUCAACCAACUCCUCCCCCUUCCUCCUUAUAAAAAGGCUAUUCUUUUAGAUUCAUUAAACAAAUCGCCAAAUACAAAAACCUUAUUUUACAAAAACAUCAAAAUAAAAAAGAUUAUUGAGAAUCUAUAACAAAUACAGAUGUGCUCAGGAGAAGUUACAAAAGCCAAUGAUAUCAAUCCUACUACUCUUGGAUGCUCUGUUGACGCACAGUUCAAACAGUUCCAGAACUUUAACUAUCUAGUCCUAAGUCUACUAGUAUAAUAUGGAAAUUAUGUUAAAUAAAUGUUUAAAACUAAACAGGUUUACUAAUUGGAUCUUCAGAAACAAAAUUAGAUAAUGUGGAAUCAUUAGAUACUCUCCUGUCAAAAGACAUUUUAGAUAAAAGUAUAAAAAUAUAAUAUUUCUAAUCAUUAAAAUGAAUGAAUGAAUGAAAUUUACUUAUAUCCUAUAUCUUUAUAUUAUAAUAUGUUACAGUAUUUUUGAAACCAGAUUCAAAAUCAAAUAAAACCAGUUCAACUCAAGUGAUUAAAUUUGAUUAAUAAACAUAAUUUGUAUCCAUAAUAAUAAUCUAGUAAUUCAAUAAUAUAAUUUUGUAGCAAAAACAGAAAAGUGUCAAAUCUACUAUAGAAAGUAUUGUUAUGUCAUAUAAAUAUACACUUGAGCCAUAUCGUAGUUUAGAAGAAAAAAAAAUGUUAUUAAAAGAAUCAUUGGAUACUGAAGAUGGAAAUGCAAUAUUAACAGUAUUCAAUAUUUAUUAAUUAAAUAUAUUCCAUGAUAUAUAUUCAUAUUUUUAUAAUUUAAUUAUAAUUAUAGGUUAUUAUAUUUUUAACAAGCACUUUAAAGAAGAACAUUUUUCAACGCAUUUUACGUGACAAUCCUGUUGCUGCUUCACAUUAUGUUCAGUAUUUAUAUUCAAAUCAAUAUAUUGAUGAAUUAGUUGACACGUUAGAGUAUGUUCAGUAUUUAUAUUAAUUUUAAACUAAAGUUUAUGAAUUGUAAAAUAAUAUGUAUAUAUGUAUAUUUUUUCAGAAUGUUGGGGCGAACUAAAGAUGCAAUGGUAAGAUACAAUCAUUUGAGAUGAUUAAGAUGAAAGGCAGGCAAAUAAAUGUAUUUUGAUUAUUUGUGUGAUAAAUUUUUUUUUUUAUUAUUAAAAAUAGUAUAUAAUACUAAAUAACUCAUAGUUUUCUUUUAGAUUUUUGAAAAUCAAUGUUUGUAUUUAAAAAAUUUGAUUAUAUUUUUGAAAUAGUAUUCAAUUUUAUUCUAUCAUUAUGACACUGUUUUUUUUGUCUGGAAAUCAAUGCUAUAAAUUAUUGAUAAAAAAAAAAUUAUUAGAAUUAAUAUAGAAACAUUAUAAAUACUAGAUGAUACUCUUUAAGUGUGGUUGUCGGAAUCCAAAAAAUUGUCUGCAGAGGUUAAAUGUUUGUGCCAAUCUAGCAGAAGACCAAUAUGAUAAACAAAUGAUAUCACAGUUCAUUCAUUUAGUUGGUAAUUAUAUUAUAAUAUUAAGAUGAAUUGAUUAAUUUAUUAAAGAAUUCAAAUAUUUUUAAGGAAAAUAUGAAGUCAAAUGGGCACAAUUUAUGUCAGUUGUUACCUUAAUAUCUGAUAAAUGCAAAGAACAACAAAAUGUAAAUUCAUGUCGUAUGUUGGCUAAUGAAUUUAAUCUAAGUGCUAAACAAUUAGAAGCCACAUUAUUAAUAACAUUUAGUCAACUCCAGAAUUGGGUUCUUGUGGAUGAUAUGUUCGUAAACAAAGUAAUUUAUUAAUUUAUAUUUCAUAUCAUGUUUUCAUAGCUUCAUUGUAAGUAUAUGUUCUAAGCUUUCUAAGCCAGCGGUUCUCAAAAUGUGUGCUGCGGCGCCCUGGUGAGCCGCAGCGUCUUUACUGGGGCGCCGCGAUGAACACUUAGGACAUUGGGAACCGUAUUUUAUAUUAUUAUAAUUUAUGGUUAUUACCCAACACUAUUGUUAUUGUAGUUAAUAAUUACCUACAAUAAAAUUAAGUGAUAAAAUUAAUAUUAAGUGAUAAAGCACAGCGAAUCUUAAUUCUGUUUUCAACUUCUUAUUUGUGCAAAGCCGAGUUCUCGGCGGUUGCAGUAAUAAAAAGCAAGCAUCGAUCAAAAAUAAAUGUGGAAAAAGAAAUGAGAGUGGCUCUGUCUACUUUGAUUCCAAGAUUUGAAAAAUUGUGCAGUGAUUUACAAGGGCAUCCAUCUCAUUAAUUUAAUGUUUUCUAAAAAUUUCUAAAAUCUUAAUAAAAUAAUUUCUUUGUGGUUAUAAUAAAAUAAAAAUGUAAUAUUAAAUAAUUUUUUUUUUUUUUCUUAAAAUGUUCUAUUCUUUAUUUUAUCUAAAAAAUGGUCACCGGUUUUAUAAGGAACGCCGUGAGAAAAAUUCAGUUCUAAAAUGCACUAUAAGACGAAAAAGUUUGGGAACCGCUGGUCUAAGCUGUACAAAUCAAAUUAUCUACAUGAUAAAGAAUAAACUGUACCACACAAAUUUAAUAAUAUUUAAUGUGAUUUUAGUAGAACAAAAACAUUUUUACUGCAUGGUUUUUUUGUUUGUAAACAACUUUUCUAUCAGAAAUCAUGGUUUGAUCUUUAAAUGUAGCAUUUUCCUAAAAACAAAUUUUGUGUAAUUUUGUAUAGAUUAAUUGAGGAGGGAGUGUAAAUUUUCCUUGUAAUUUUCUUAACUAAAUAAUUGGGGAAAAACAGAAAAAUGUUCUCAACUCUAGUUUUCUAUUAUUAUUCUUAUUAUUAUUUUUAAUUUAGUUAAAAUAUUCAUAGAAAUCUGAAAUUCUCAAAAAAUCAUUAUAUUAGACCUUUUUAAUAUUUUUGAGGUAUUUGAAAUGUCUAAGUUAUUUAUAUAUAAAAUUGAAUAAAGAAUGAAAAAGAGCUGAUACUGCGGAUUGGUGUACCACUUGUAAGUGGGAAGGUAGAAAAGUUAUUUACAAAUAGAAAAAAAGUACAUAUAUCAAAUUGCUCACCAAUUUAAUACAAGGUUUAUCAUACGUUUAUUAUGAUGAUAAAAAAAGAAUAUACAUUACAGUAAAAGUUAUUUUAUAAGCAUUUAGAUUUAAAAUUCACUGCAUUAAACAAACCCAUUUAAACAAACUUUGCUAAGAAUUGUAUUUUGUUAGCAAUGAUUCAUCGGUGCUUAUAAAUACAAAUUAAAUAAUUAUGUAUCCUACCUUCCCAAUUUCCCACCUAUAAAAGUGGCACACCCAUUAGCAGUAUUGGCUCUUUUUAAAAUUAUUUUAUAACAAAGUAUAUAGUAAAUAUAAUAUCAUACAUUUGUCCCAUAAAGAUUUGACAAAUGCUAUAAUUUUUGUCCUGUUAAAUAUUUAAAACAAAAUUUGUUUGUUAUAAUUUGUUGAAGUUUACAAAAUUAAGUACAAAAUUAUUUUUCUGAACAUUUUUGAAUCUAUUAAUAUUAUUUUUAGUUUGAGAUAGUUUAAAUUAUUUUCAUUGCUACUACUAAUUGGUUUACCAAUUUUUCUAUAAAAUAGUUUUUGUAAAUUUCAGAAAAAUUUAGAAACUUAACAAUGCAUCAUUACUAAACAUGUGAAACACUAACAUUUUGUUUCAAAAUUGUAUCCUUUAAAAUAUAUUUAUAAAAUGCUUGUUUUGGAUUUUGUAAUAACAAUUUUUAUUUUUAGUUUUUUAAUAAAGAUAUACAAAAUAUAAAAUAAAGAAAUUGUGUGCAAGGUUUUAUUAAUUAUAUCCAAAAAAAAAAUUUUAAAAUUAUUGAAGAGAAUAUAAAUUAAUGCAUUUGUUGAAUCUUUGUUGAUAUACUGUAUUAUUAUAAUCAUUUCCUUAGUUAAUUAUGUAAACAAAAAAUCAUUUUAAAUUUAAAUGAAGACAGUUAUAUAGUAAAUAAUAUACAAUAUUACAUAUGUUGCAUUCAAAAUGUUAUUAAUUAAUCUUUGUAAACUCUGUUAUUAGUAAUAUUUAUCGGGUCUAAUCUCAGUACGUUAGAACCUUGAAAUUUCAUAGAAAUAGUAUUAGAAGUUAAGUACUGAGUAGCUCAGUGGUAGAGCAAUUGCAUGGCAAACAAGAGAUUCGGUUUUGAUUCCUUGAUUUUUAAUGUAAAUUACAUUUGAAAAUCAAAAAGGGGUUGUUUUACCCCUGAAAAUAAGGGUUGAAGAAAAUAAUAGCUAUGUAACAUUUUUGCAUUAAUUGUUUCUUAAAUUUUUUUAAAUUAAUAUUUUUCCAGAUAUCAUCACGAGUUAUACCUUUAUAAGCCCUGUAUUAUAUAAUUUUAUACUUUUGAUCUUUGUAUAAUAUUUUAUGAACUUUUACAUAAUUAAGAAAUAAAGAAAAAAUUGUAUACAUAUAUAUAUUUGUUUACAAUUUUUGAAUUACAUAUAUAUUUGUUAUUAUUUGUUUUAAUAUUAGAACUGGCUUGGCAAAGACAAAUUGGCUCUAUCAUUACCUAUAGCUGAAACUGUUAAAUUAUUACAUCUUAAUGGUGCUCCAUCAUCGUCAUUAACUCGAUACAUAAAAAUGAUUAAAGAUUCAGAUGAGCGUUUGGAAUUGGCUAAAAAGUUCUAUUGUCACCAUGUUAUAAUUGAUGUAUGCAAACAAUUAGAAACUAUAAAUAUCAAUUGUUACAAUAGUAACAAACUGUAUUGAUUAAAUAAAACAAAAACAAUAAAACAAUAGGAUGUUUUGUUUCAAUUAUUUAUAAAAUGUUUCAGGAUUUUGUUACCAAAAAGGAUCGCAGGGGCUUAUUAAUAUAUAAACUUACUUUACAAAAACAAUCUGAAAGCUAUUAUUAUGCAGAUAUAAUUUUGAAAAGUCCAGUAAGUAUUUAUUGAUUUUUUUUUCUAUAUUAUUAUGUAUAAUAUGUAAAAUAUUUAAUUUAUCAUAUUUAUAUGUAAGGUAUAAAUGUGAUCUAUAUAAAAAUAAGUUGUUAUAAUAUUAUCUCAAAUAGUAAUAGUAAAUAGUAAGUUCAGUUUUUUCUUCAUGUUUUGCUAUUUUAAAUGAACUUGAACAUACUGGACUGGGAACUAUGGACAUACUGAGUGAGGGAAAUUUAAACAUUUAGAAUCUGAAUGCUCAAGUAACUUAAUGUAGUAAUUGAAUUGAUUAGCUUAGAAGUAAUUUCUUCUAUAAAAUUGUAAUUAAUUAAGAUUUGAUUAAGAUUGAUCUAAACUAUCAAUCCAACUUGUACAUUUUUUGAGAUGGUUUGGCUUAAAUUCUUUUAAUUGAGGUUUUUACAAUAGAACGGCAUUUAUUUUUCGACUUAUCAAGGUUCUACUUUCUAUAUAUAUAUUUUAUUAUUAAUCUAAAACAAUUUUUUUGUUUUUUAUAUGAAAUUCAAAUUUUAAAAAUUCAAAAGUAAACUAUAUAUUAUGUUAAGAAAUGUAUAAAUAUAAUUUUAUUGUUAAAUAAUAAUCAUAUAAGUGUACUAUAACUAUACACACAAUAUACCAUUAGUAUUCAUUGUUACUUGUACAAUGUACUUUGAAGUAUUUUUAUUAAAGGCAUGUAUAGUGUAUAGUCAGCUCAUAAAUUUGAGUAUUAUAAAAUUUAUUAUUAAAAAAUAAUAUAGUAAUUGAGAAAAUCAUACAUUUUAUUACAAGAUUAUAACUUAUUGAUUUAUUUAAACAUGAAUAAAUCUUUAUGUUAAAAAACUAUUAACAUUAUAAGUUAAAAAUAAUUUAAAUACCCCUUUUUUUCAGAAUAUCAAGUGGAAAAAUUAA